AUGAAUGAGUGUCCAAAUAAUACAACAACUUAUCUCCGAAUUUCAGCUUUUUCUACAUCUGAAUUGGGACAAUUUUUAAUUUAUGUUAAUGUUUUACUGAUUUAUCUGAUAACUGUAACAGGAAACUUUGUAAUCUUUAUAGUUAUCUGCUUGUUGCCCCAGUUACAUACACCAAUGUAUUUCUUCCUGAGUAAUCUUUCCAUGGCAGAUGUCAUCUAUGUAUCUAGCACUCUACCAAAACUUAUGUCUAUCAUUGCAACAAAAGACAACCGAGUUACUCUUCCCGCCUGCAUUACCCAGGUGUUCUUUUUUAUAACAACUGCCUUCUGUGAUAUCUUAAUUCUGACUUCCAUGUCUUAUGACCGCUAUGUAGCCAUUUGUAUUCCCUUGAACUAUUCUAUGAUCAUGAAUAGGAGAACAUAUGUGUUAAUGGCAGCUUUCACCUGGAUGAUAUCAUUUAUGAACGCACUAAUGCAUUCAUCGCUUGUAUCCACUUUAUCAUUUUGUUCUUCCAUCACAAUUGACCACUUCUUCUGUGACCUGAAUGCUUUAUAUGCAGUCACCACAAGUGACACUAGAAGCAGAAAAAUCCUUGUGAUAAUUGAGGAUAUAUUAUUUGGGUUUGUACCUUUCUCCCUUAUUGUUACCUCUUACGUUUUUAUUAUAUCCAGCAUACUGAAGAUUCGUUCUACUGAGGGACGUUUCAAAGCUUUCUCCAGCUGCACAUCUCACCUCACCACAGUAAUAUUAUUUUAUGGACCAAUCCUUUUCUUGUAUAUUAAACCAAAGUCUGUUGAUUCUAAAACACAGGACGGGAUUAUCUCUUUGCUCUAUGUGGCUGUCGUUCCAAUGUUGAACCCAUUUGUGUACACUUUAAGGAACAAAGAAUUUUUUGGAGCUUUAAAGAACAUGGCUAGAAUCAACAUGGCUACAAUAUUUUGUGCUCUAUAA